UUUCAGUGAGUCACAACACAGAUUUAUCAAAAUUUACCAGACGGUGUGCCUGUGAAAUAGUGAGUACGAUUUCUUCAUUUCAUGUACAGACAUGUUUUGUGAGGCUUUACUGUCACGUGGGCCAUUUGUUCAGAGCUUCGGCUACAGAGCCUUGCCCGCUGGAAAGGCCUGUUGUAGUGCACAGACCUCCAUGUUGUGUACCAGAGGGACUUGCUAAGUUAGCUUCCUGCUAGACCAGUAUAGGCCCAUAAGACCUUUGUUGCCGCUCGCCGACUGAUGUGCACGGACAGCUACACAAGCGGCUCAGUAGUGUGUACAGGCCUAUGCAUGUGUGAGAUACUAUAUCGUAUAUAAUGCUGGUUACUCUUCAAAAGAUCGACAAGCGCGCAUGCGGUCAAUUUCCGUGAAUUCGAGUGAAUAUCGAACUGAAAUGUACAUGACGCAGGCUUUCUUUUCGACUAGCAGAAUGUAGGCAUACAUGUCCCACUGACUCGGGACAGUAGGUCCAUGAAGGACACCUUGACAACGUGUGUAAAAAUCUGAAUUUGAAUCGCACAGCCGUUAACCCAAAGACCCAGGGCGAUGGGCCUCUAACAUUUUAUCCCACCCAACAUUCUGUUCACAGGGCAUGCACAGGCCACAGGCGGAGUCAUAAUAAAGUGCGACCAUUGUUAGUGGCGAAGUUAUAAUCUCUGCGUAAGUGGUAAGGUCUGACAGCAACCUGUGGAUGGUCGUGGGUUUCCCUGGGGCUCUGCCCGUUUCUAGCCACCAAAAUGCUGACGGUGUAUAAGUGAAAUAUUCUUGAGUACGGCGUAAAACACCAAUCAAAUAAAUAAAUAAAUAUAAUCUCUGCCACUCAUUAUGGUGGGAGGUAACUGGGGAAACCCACGACCAUCCACAGGCUGCUGGUAGACCUUCCCACAUAUGUGGACAUCACAGGUGGAGUUAUAAGAAGAUGAGGCCAUUGUUACAGGUGAAGAGAUAAGGUGCUUUCAGUGCUGUCAUAAUUGCGAGGAUGGAGCCCUAAUGCAGCUGUACUGGUUAAGAUUUUGAUAAUUUAUACAGCCUUCGUACAGUUGAGACACUCCUUACUUAUAUGGACAGCCUUGGGAAAUUCUAUGCUAGGUCCGGGGCUCGUUACUCUCACUACGCAGACAGAAGAGCCCGAGUGAAUUCCUUUGUCGGCUGGCCCCGUGACCGUGGACAAAGACCCCAGGAAUUAGCAAACGCUGGACUGUUCUACACUGGAAACGAAGACUGCACCCGUUGUUUUUACUGCGGAGGUGGUUUACGGAACUGGCUUCCCGGAGAUCGACCGUUCGUUGAGCAUGCGCGAUGGUUUGCGGAUUGUCAGUAUAUACGUUCUGUAAAGGGGGACGACUUUGUCAACAACGUCAACAUCAACUUUCCAAGACAUUACCAGCAAACCGACGGUCCUAGUGAAGAACCCCAGGUCGCUCAGAACACAACCCCCGUUCCAGAUCUUCAUGAAUUAGUGGAUAAGGUGAUAAAACAACCGUGCGGAGAAGCUCUGCUUGUUUUAGGUUACCCUCCCAAACUUGUCCGAGCCGCAAUUACAAAUCUUCUCAAUGCUUCCGGCUGGGAUGAAACCCAAAUUACGUCAGAAAAGCUGGCGAGGAUCACCUUGGAAAUGGAAGAUGCCAUUGGUGAAUUCAGGGAAGUUGAGCCAGAAAAAUCUCAUACUGUCGCUUUUGGAGAAGGAAAGAGUACAGCUGUCAUGGAUAAACCCUCGCCUAAAUCUUCAUCUUUUAACUCACCAGUUUUACCUGAGCGUGCCAGAGAAAAAGCGGCUAAUGGUAUGCACGAACUUUUGGUCGAAAACCAAAGGUUGAAGGAACAGAUGAAGUGCAAGGUGUGCAUGGACCGUGAUGUAACCAUCGCUUUGUUGCCUUGUAGUCACCUCGUCACUUGUGACCAAUGCUGUGUUGACCUCACCUACUGUCCACUCUGUCAUCAGACCAUCGCCGCACGAGUGAAGACCUACAUAUAAACAGCAGAGCUCAAGAACGCAAAAGAUGCCACAAUACUGGCCCUUUAGAAAACGAGGUGGCGUAUCGGAACCCAACUCCGUCAUGCAUUGACAGCUGCAGAUUAGGUGAAGCAGUUUGUCAAGUCCAUGAUGAGGUGCAAUGAAACGCUCAAUCAGUGUAGACGAUGGGAAUGAAAAGGCGUAAGGCGAAAGAUUCACACGGGGAUUUGGCUUCUCAGAAUGAGUUAACAAAGAAGUGAAAGAUUGCGGUACGACAAACUGCGAAAGGGAAACAAUUCGGAAAGUGAGUGAGUACUUGUGGAUUAACGUCGUACUUUGCAAUUUUUCAGUGAUAUGACAAAGAAGGUGUCUUUAGACUGCAUGUGAUGUGCCUCCUUGUUGCAGGACGGAUUUCCACCGCUCUUUUAUCUAGAGCUGCUUCAGUGAGACGACUUAACGAAGGCACUUAAGCCGCUCCGCUCGAGCCGUUAUACUGAUACAGGUAAACGAGUCGUUGCACUAUCCCCCUUAAUUAAUGCUGGGACACCAAGCCAGGAAGCUACAACUUCCUCUUUUAUAGUCUUAGGUGUGACCCGACCCAGAUUGAAUCUGGAUCUACCGUCUCCCGAAGGUGACGCUCUGACAACUGUGCUACCGGGCCGGUCUCAGUUCGGAAAGGAAACACUGUCUGAAGGAAAAUGCUGAACAUUAGGGAAAGGACACAACAAAAUUACAACUAGAUUUACCAUCCGAAAUUACCAUCAAAACAUAUUCUCAUACGCGAGCUUGGACUAACAGGUCAUCGCCUAUGUGGGCGCCUCAGAACCCCAAAGACUGUCGAUAUAACUACGAAGACAAUAAUUCAAUUGCUAUCUGCAGGAUGCAGGGGAAUAUCAGAUACUUCGGGCAUAUACGAUUUUUGUAAUCGAUUACAUAUACGCUUAUGUGUGAUGAAGAAUAAAAAGCGGUGCCGGCUGUCUUUCAUACUUUUGUCCAUACUGCACCCAAAUGUUUACAACAUAGAUACAUAUACGUGUUAGUUGUAACCUUACUCCUCCUCUAAAUAUCUGCGCUUUAAAUGCAAGAAUAAUAUUGGUACUAGAAUGCAUUUAUACCCAAAACACCAGAGAUGACAAAGUAACUGGUAUAUCGAGUGGACCAGUCAUCAGUGUACGAAUAUCUGAUAUCUGUCCAUGGUCUGCUGUCCUGGGUUUCGGACAUGAUGGGGAGUUCGACACCAGUGGGGAGGCGGUAUAUUCUUUUAUAUAUAUAUUCUUUGUCCGUAGGUGGCGCUGGUGUGAAGCAAGACUACAAGCCAUUGUUACGUCGAGAAUGGAUUGUACCGUUACAUAUCAGUUUCUAUUGUAAGGCCGUACUGCCUUUAAUGUGACGUCAUCAUUAUCAGCUGGGAAAGGAACAUUUGAUGUCACUCAAUGCAACAGUCUAAAGUGUGAACAUGUGUGCAUUUCUGCGGCGAAGGCAGUUGAGGCUACAUGACGACCCUCUUCUGACAUCUGCUCGAGCAGGUCAGAGCAGCACGUACUUGAUCUGUAUCCUUAUGUUCAGGUGGAGGUAAUGACGUGUUAGUCAAGUUUACACUCUUAAAACACACAAGACGCACAGCACAGAAAGUAAAUCCAGAUCACCGAUGACAGUGUUAUAGUUGGCAAAGUGCAACACGUAACCGGUUAAAUCUGGCCUCUAGUUAUUCUAUCUCAGGAUUUUAUGCAUACCUGGAUUAUACUUCAGCGGCUUUACUGGCUGAAAACUUUUUAAGAUUUUGUGAUAAUUAUAUGCUCCCAGUAAUAAAUGAUGAUUCUCUUUUU